UUUUAAGCCCAUGUUAUGUUAAGGUAAUAAGAGUUAUUGUAACAUCUUUUAGGUAUGAAUGCUGGGAAAAGAAAGGGACUAUUUUUCUUAAAUAAUGAAUAAGGUUCAGCUCCUUAUUUUGUACUGUUUUGAGUCUCUUUUAUCUUUUGAAAAAGGAUUUAGGCCCAUUAAAGGAUUAAAAGGCUUUAUGUACAGCUGUGUUUUGCAGUGAACAUCCAAAGCUCCCGGCUCUUCCAACAAUGCAACAUAUUUGAAAUAAAAGGCAAAUACAAGCAGUAAAACAGCGCAAUAAAGUAUUUGGUUCAAUGUUUGCGUGAAAAAGAAAAAUGUGCAGAGAUAAAUUAUGGUGAGAUAAAGCAGAAUCUACCAUUAAAUACUGUACAGUGGAAUGUAUACGUCGCUGUGUGUUACACGGUUAUGCGUCAUGGAUGGGGGAUUCAUUUCCUUUUGGAGGAAAAACAAAGACUUGUAUCUCUAAAGGGCAAAUGCAGGCGUGCAAUAUGGACUUGCCAUGCCAAUGAUGUUAAUACCGGAAAGUGGAGGGAAAUGCAUCCUGUUUAUUCAUGCACGGCAAAGGGCGACUGGAUUACUAUGCAAGGGGAGUUUUAAAAGUGGAAUGUGCGCCUGUAGGAGGAAUGCUGCUUUGGUGCUGGAUUCCUAAUGCUAAGGUCUGCUGGUGAUUUAGAAGGCCGUGUAACCUGAAUUAGUUGAUGAAUUUUCUAUCGAUCCUAAACAAGCAAGAUUUAUCUCUGACACCGUGCUGCUGCUGCUGGGUGGCGGCGCAGGCCCACUCUCCCACUCCCCGUUAUUAGGGAUUUACAAGACGAACAAGAAAAAAAGAGAAAGCUUUUGCGAGCACACACACCCAAAUAUAUACACAGAGGGUGGUGCAGGCGCCACUUUAAAUCCCCCCGAGCACUUUUCUCGCUGCUUCUUUUUUUCUUUCUGAAGUUGCAGCCAGACGAAUAACAGGGGGAAGGUUUGCAUAAGGGAAGACUUGUCAUACUGUUGCUCGUGUGUUUCCUGGCGUGCACGGAUUUUGUCAGACGCGCUUUGUUUUUGUUGUGAUUCUGCUCAGAACGGCGUGCGCUCCGAUUUGUGGCGGAGGGAUACAGAGAGAGUAGUGCCGGGGGAGGGAGAGUUUUGUAAAGACUGCGAAUGCCAACAAACUGAGGCCAUAUGAUGAUGCGCGUGCGGGGGCCCGUGUAUAUGCUUAAUCCCAUUUCCUUAUCCGGGGUCCGUCCCGGAAGCGCGCCAUUGGCCGAGCGCGGUCACGUGGCUUCUUAACUUUGUUCACUUGACAGAAAAGUAGGAGGGUUCAACGGAACAGGAAUAACCGAAGAGUAAAGGGAUGAGAUAUAAAUUGUAGUUAUAUAUUUUCCGAGUAGGUGCAAUUCCACAAAAAGACUGACAUUAAUGGCCAUGAGCUCCUAUUUGAUCAACUCCAACUAUGUGGACCCGAAGUUCCCCCCCUGCGAGGAGUACUCUCAGAGCGACUAUCUGCCCAACCACUCUCCGGACUAUUACAGCUCCCAGAGGCAGGAGCCCGCUGCCUUCCAGCCGGACUCCCUGUACCACCAACAGCACCCCCAGAACCACCACCAGCCGCGAGUGGAGCUGCCGUACACGCAAUGCCAGCAGCGUCCGGGACAGCCCGCCUCGGUGGUGAUGUCUCCCCGAAGUCACGUCCUCCCCUCAGCCGGACUACAAGCCACCCCUGUCCCGGAGCUGAGCCACCGCUGCGAGUCGGUGACACCCAGCCCGCCUCCGCCCGCGUCUUCUUACGGGCAAACGCCCCACAGCCACAGCACUUCGUCCCCUACUAGCACUCGGAAAGACCCCGUCGUGUACCCGUGGAUGAAAAAAGUCCAUGUAAACAUCGUGAGCACGAACUAUUCAGGGGGGGAGCCGAAGCGCUCGCGGACGGCCUACACGCGCCAGCAGGUCCUGGAGCUCGAGAAGGAGUUCCACUACAACCGGUACCUGACGCGCAGGCGCAGGGUGGAGAUCGCUCACACGCUGUGCCUCUCGGAGCGGCAGAUCAAGAUCUGGUUCCAGAACCGGAGGAUGAAAUGGAAGAAGGACCACAAGCUGCCCAACACCAAGGUCCGCUCCGGGGCUAACAGCAACACAAACUCCCAGGCUCUGACCGGAUCUUAGAGCCGCAUAGGGGCCCCUGCAGCCCGGUUCUGUGGCCCGGUGUCUGCAUUUUUGUUCCCAAACUGAACGCCGAAGCGGCACCGGAGCCUGCACUUUUGAACGGAAAAACGCCCCUGCUCUGGAAGGGGAGAGGGAUGUCAUUGCCGCAUGAUGUUACACACUAAUAUGACGUUAUGAUGUGGGAGGGGUGGGGGGGGGGGAGUGUUCCCAUUCACAAAACAUGAAAUGAACAAAAGUACGCGAAGGAACAAACUGAGAAAAUGACUCGGACGCUUCUUUGAUUUUAUUCUCUGUCUCCCCCCCUGCUUUUUAUCUGUCUGUUUUCUUCAUUUUUGUUUUACUCCUCUCUCACUUCCUAUCACGGUAGGCUCAGGAUAACGUGUCCUCGUGCGUGUUGUUUAUUUUUAUUUUCUCAACCCGAGAUUUUUUUUUUUUUGGUGAAGAUGGAUCCUCGUUUUCAUCUUUAAUCAUGCCAGACUCGGGCCCCAUUUGUCAUGUUUACUCGGCGGGUACAAAGCAAAGGGGUGAACCGCGGCUCUACCCAUUACCCCCCACCCCCCCACCCCACCCCCCCACCCCACCCCACACAACCACUACCCCUCACCCACGCACGUGUGAUAAAUGGAACUCACGUUUCGUCAAGAGAAGUAUUCUUACACACACACACACCCGCACACGCACACAAACCCACACACACGCGUGCAUAACGUCAAAUAUUACCUCCGGUAUGAUCCAAUAUGACAGCAGGCAGUUUUCAGUCUUGCUGCUUUAUAAUUAUUUGUGUUUCGUUGAAUGAGAACAAUAGCUUUUCAAAUUUCACUUACAGUUAUUUUUGAAUUCAGUGUUUAUUGUAAAUGAUGAGGACGAUGAGGCGCGUUCAUGUGGUCCGUUUAUUGUUCAUGUUGUGAUGUAAUAUACAGGGAAUUAAAGUUAAAUUAAACCAUCUUCCACUACCAAUCAAACAGGGUUUAUAAAGUUGCCUAAACAUUAAUAUUCAAACCAAAAUCCUGGUACUAAUAAAACACAUUAUACACGCAGCACUAUACAAUGUACUACCUAUUACCUCAGUUGUACUUAUAUAUAUUUUAAUGUUGUUUUGUCCUCUUAUUUUCUGUUGCUCGUUCAAUGAAGUGACAGCUUUUCGAGCUUUUUCUAUUUUUUAAAAAUGUGUGAUUAUAAUAUUAUUACCUGCAAUACAAACUAUUCAUUUCUUGUAUGUGGACAUUUUGAAAAUAUAAUUUAAUUUUAGCAAGGGAAAUGGGAAAAGUAAGGAGCUUUUUAUUGCAUGUCUGAAUGGAUUUAUUUUUUAUAUUUCUUGCUCUUUGUCGUUUUUCUGCACAUGUAAUGCGCACACACUUCCUCUCCUUUCUUCCCUCCCCCUUCUGUCUGUCACCUUGUUUUAGAUAUGUUAUUCUGCAAGUGUUUCUCAAUUGAUGUUAUUUUAUUUACAUUCCAAAGAUCAGUUUCUAUAUGAUGAUUAUGAUGCUAACAAUGAUACUAUUGUUGAACAUGUGUUACCUCCUCCGAUGUACGUCUCUGCUUUUGCCUCCUCAGUGUCUACCUUCUUAUUAUUUGUAAAUAGUUCAUAGAAAUUUAAAUAAAUGUCUAAAAAUAUAA